AUGCAAGCCAAAGCCUUCCAGAGCAUUCCAGCAGGAGGAUUCCAUUUGCCGGUGAAACUCCCCCAGCUACAUCAACCAUCAUUACCAACGAAACUGCCACGGGCCAUAUCCAUUUCCAAUCCUGCAGAUAAUCAUGUUUCAGGCCCUUUAACAGUAGUAGACAAGGAUGAUUACGUGGCUGCUUUUUGGGACUAUCAAUUUUUAUUCGUGUCACAACGAUCGGAGACGGCGGAGCCGAUCACGCUCCAUGUUGUGGACGGUGCAAUCCCGCCGGACUUCCCUUCUGGUACAUAUUACCUAGCCGGUCCAGGGUUAUUCACCGAUGAUCAUGGCUCGACUGUGCACCCUCUAGACGGUCAUGGUUAUCUUCGGGCCUUUAGCAUCAAUGGUGUUGCUAGAGAAGUCAAAUUCAUGGCUAGGUACGUAAAGACCGAAGCUCAAGUAGAGGAGCAUGAUCCUGAGACUGACACGUGGCAGUUUACGCAUCGGGGUCCAUUUUCUGUCCUAAAAGGGGGCAAAAAACUUGGUAAUGUUAAGGUGAUGAAAAAUGUAGCUAAUACCAGUGUGUUGAGGUGGGGAGGCAAGUUAUUGUGCUUAUGGGAAGGUGGAGACCCUUACGAGAUUGAAUCAGGGUCGUUGGAAACCCUCGGUAGUUUUAAUGUGAUAAACGAUCGUGAUUUGUUGCCGGAGGCUGAGAAGAAGGGUACUGUUGAUUUACUGGAUGUUGCCGCCCGGCUGUUGAAGCCGGUUCUACAUGGUGUGUUCAAGAUGCCUCCUAAAAGACUGUUGUCUCAUUAUAAACUCGAUGCUCAAAGGAACAGACUUCUUACAAUAUCAUGCAAUGCAGAGGACAUGCUACUGCCCCGCAGCAACUUCACAUUUUAUGAGUUCCACCCAGAUUUCCAGUUGUUGCAGAAACAAGAAUUUAACAUCCCUGAUCAUUUGAUGAUCCAUGAUUGGGCCUUUACUGAUACUCAUUACAUACUGUUAGGCAACCGCAUCAAGCUUGAUGUUAUCGGAUCAAUGACUGCAGUAUGUGGGUUAUCACCAAUGAUAUCAGCAUUGUCAGUGAACCCAAGCAAGUCCACGACUCCCAUUUACUUGCUUCCUCGCUUUCCAGCUGAUAAAUCUGCUCGACAUCGAGAUUGGAGAGUGCCAGUGGAAGUUCCCUCUCGGAAAUGGCUAUUGCAUGUUGGCAAUGCCUUCGAGGUCAAGGAUGUCCAUGGAAAUUCGAAGAUUCAAAUCCAAGCUUGUACUUGUUCUUAUGAAUGGUUCAAUUUCCAAAAAUUAUUUGGAUAUAAUUGGCAAAGUGGUAAACUAGAUCCCUCAAUUAUGAACGUGAAACAAGGUGAAAAUGAGUUGUUACCGCACCUUGUUGAGAUAUCUAUCAACUUGGAUUCUGAUGGAAACUGCCAAGAAUGUUGCAUGGAGAAUUUGAAUCAAUGGAACAAGCCAUCAGAUUUUCCGAUUAUCAACCCAGACUUUUCUGGCUACAAGAAUGCAUACAUUUAUGCAUCAACUUCUUCAGGGUCAAGACAAGCAUUGCCUCAUUUUCCGUUUGAUAUGGUAGUGAAGCUAAAUUUGUCUACCAAAACAGCCAGUACAUGGUCUGCAGGGGCUCGUAGAUUUAUUGGUGAGCCUAUUUUCGUCCCCAAAGGAACUGAAGAAGAUGAUGGGUACAUUCUUGUGGUUGAGUAUGCAGUUUCAAUUCAGAGAUGUUAUCUUGUCAUUUUGGAUCCUAAGAGGAUUGGAGAAACUGAUGCGCUUGUAGCAAGACUUGAAGUGCCCAACCACUUGAACUUUCCCCUUGGCUUCCAUGGUUUUUGGGCCAACAGUAAUUGACCUUGCACGAAAUUGUAAACAUGUACUUAA